AUGAACUGGAUCAACAACUGUCGCACUUAUCAUCCAGAGUGCCGACAGCUUCAGAAAGCAGGGAAUUGGUGGCCUACCAGGCUUAUCGAUAUUGGCAAUGAAGGCGAAGGGAAAUGGAAGCUUGUAUCACUUCCUGCUAAGCCCCAACCACCACCGUCCUACAUGACAUUGAGCUACAGAUGGGGCUCAAAGGACAACUUUCGACUUCUCAAAGAGAACUUGUACUCUUUCCAGAAUGGUCUUCCCAUCGCCGACCUUCCGCGCACGUUUCAGGACGCAUGCUUAGUUGCAUGGAGGUUUUCGGUGAAGUUCUUGUGGAUCGAUGCUCUCUGUAUCAUCCAGGAUUGUAGCGAAGACUGGUCUCGAGAGUCUGCAGCUAUGCGACUUGUUUAUGCCAACGCUCUUUGUAAUCUUGCUGCCUUUGCGUCAACCGACCCUCAUGGAGGGCUUUUUCGUAGUCGAACCAUGGAGGAUUUUCAACCAUCAAUUGUUCGUGCCGCCUUGGAUAAGUCAACACCCCCAAAAGACUACUAUGCCGUUGAUUCCGACUACACAAACCGCCAAUUGCUUGAUAAAGAACUUCUGAAGCGAGGCUGGGUUUUCCAAGAGCGACUUCUCAGUCCUCGAGUUUUAUAUUUCGCUGACAAGCAAGUCUUCUGGAAUGCUUCACCGAGCAGAGGUGCGAGACAUUCCCGCACGGUAUGCCCCCUCUUUGCCGAUCUAAGUCCCAAUAUCUAUCAAUAA